UUCCCAUGGAUACUAGGUGAGUUCAUUUCCACAGAGCCAAAGGGGGAACUUUUUUUUUUUUUUCCUAAAUAAAUAAACAGCUGGAGUUCCUGCUGUGACACAUGACAGUAUUGGCAGCGUUUCUGCAGUGCUGGGUUGCAGGUUCGAUCCCUGGCUCAGCACAGUGGGUUGAAGGCAUUGUUGCCGCAGCUGUGGCCUAGGUCACAGGUGCGGCUCGGAUCUGAUCCCUGGCCUGGGAACUCCAAAUGCCAUGGGGCAGCCAAAAAAGAAAAAAAAAAAAGCUGACAUUUAUUGAGUGCUUGCUGUGAUGAUCUGUAUAAUAAGAGCACUGUUAUAAUCACUUUACACCUACUAAGCCAUUUAGCUCUCCCAACCCUAUGAGGGGGCACUAAAAUAUUAUUACUUUUUCACAGUAGUGAAAACUGGCUCUGACGAUUAGGACUGGCUUGCAAACCCACACAGCUUCAAAACUUUCAACAGCCUGUAUCUCCUUGCUUUAAGUUCUUGGUCAUUGUAAUACGAAUUCAUAGAGGAGACGUUCAGUGAUGGAUUUCCUCAGGUUCUCAGUGUAGGACAGUCCCCUUCCUUCCUGGAGGUGGGCAUGGAGUGCAUAACAGGCUCUCUGAAUUGGGGGGCUCAUCUGGUAUAAGGGGGAGCCCUCAGAUCCAGGAGGUUUUCGCCUGCUUGCUAAGGACCCUCAGGGGUUGUUGAAAGACAAGGUCAGGUUUUAUGGGACUUGAAUUAGAAGAUUGUGCUAAUGGCUUCUGUGGCUUUUUUGGAGUGAGGCAUUUUUAUUCAUGUCCAAGCCAAAAGCAGAUGUGUUUUUGCAUUUUUUUUUUUUUUUUUUAGGAAUGGUUAAAGUUCAGCGGUUGGGGAUGGGGCAGCGAUUAGCGAGGUCAUCAGCCUUCACCCUUGGGUCUUUUUCAGAAUGAGACAGGAGUGUAAAUCUGAAACAAGCCAGUAAGGAAACCUGCAAGGGUCUCCUCACCUCCGUCCCCGAACUGACCACGGGCGAGCACCCCUCUUCAAGGGCCCACACGGGUCCUUGGUUUCUGCCGGAAUCCCUGAGACGGGCCUCUUCUUGGUAACUUGGAACAGGGCUCAGUGUCAACAGAAAGGCUCUAUUUGGACUAGGCCUGCAUGUAGGUCAGUCACUGAACUCUGAGUAUCCGGUUAUGCUACCAGGGGCCCACGGGGUGAGCAGAGUAUUUUCUCCAAUGGAGAAGGAGUCAGGUGCACAGAGGAGAACGCCCCUGGCUUGCGCCUACCACGGAGAAAGUGCGUUUCUGGCCGCUGGGCGGGAGUGUCAGGCUCACACAAGUGGGACCUGCGCGCUCCUCCAGGGCUCCCUGGAAGGUGGCUUUGUGAGCGAAGCUUCCAAAAGGGGAGAGAGGUGAUGCUGUACCCCGGAGGGGCGACGGAAGCAAUGAAGGCUGUGAGCGAGAAGAAAGGAUGAAAUAGCGGGGGGGGGGGGGGGGGGAGUGCGGCUGCUGAGGGUGGAAUCAGCCCAAACUGCACGGAUCGUGCGUGGGCCAGGAAGCGUUGGGAAGGGCAGGGUUGGUGCUCGGGGUUAAAGGGACUCUGUCAUAAAACCCAGUGUGGGCAGGUACGCGAAGGCGUUCACGUCCGCCACGGCGAACACACCCCGCGGCAGUCAAGGUCCUUAUCACUAAGAGUCCACAGUCACGGCCCGGGUGAUCAGAGGGACCGGAGAAGCGGGGCGGACGGGUGAACCCCUCCUAUGCUUAGGGGUGACGGGUGCCAUCCAGGCACGCCCCCUCUUUCGGCAGCUCCAUUCUCUGCUCGCUCCGGCCCGGCCCUCGGGAAGACACACGCUGGCCGGUGGCCGCGUGCCAGACAAGUAAGGCCGGGCCGCGAGGGAGGGGCAGGGGCCCGGGAGGCGGCGAGAGGUCCCUGAGAUACGGCCGCGCGGCCCCUCCUUUAGACUCUGGACGUGCGGGUACCCGGGCCACUCUGCCUCCGCCUCCGCCUUCGCCUUAUAAGAAGCCCCAGCGCCCGCAGGCAGGGCGGCCGAGAGGCGGGACCAGGCCACCGCGGAGUCACGGGCGCCGCGCCCCACCUGUCGCGGCGGCGCCGAGCCAUCGGUCGCGCAGGGAGAUGGGCCGCUACUCGGGCAAGACGUGCCGGCUGCUCUUCAUGCUCGUGCUCACCGUCGCCUUCUUCGUGGCCGAGCUGGUGUCGGGCUACCUGGGCAACUCCAUCGCGCUGCUGUCGGACUCUUUCAACAUGCUGUCCGACCUGAUCUCGCUGUGCGUGGGCCUGAGCGCCGGCUACAUCGCGCGGCGCCCCCGCGGGGGCCUGGGCGCCACCUACGGCUACGGCCGCGCCGAGGUGGUGGGCGCGCUCAGCAACGCCGUCUUCCUCACCGCGCUCUGCUUCACCAUCUUCGUGGAGGCCGUGCUGCGCCUGGCCCGGCCCGAGCGCAUCGAUGACCCGGAGCUGGUGCUCAUCGUCGGCGCCCUGGGGCUGGCGGUCAACGUGCUGGGGCUGCUCAUCUUCCAGGACUGCGCCGCCUGGUUCGCCGGCUGCGGCCGCCGCCGCCGCCGCCCACAGCUUCAGCAGCAGCAGCAGCAGCAGCAGCGGCCGGCCGGGGGCGGCAUCCCCUGCGCUUUCGGGGAUCCUCCGGGCGCCGGGCCGCUGGCCAGCCGCCGCCCCGCCGGCCCCGGCCGAGACUCGGCCGUGACCCUCCGCGCGGCCUCGCUGGACAGGAAGGUCGAGAAGGGGGCGACCGUGUUCUCAAACGUAGCAGGUGAUUCCCUGAACACCCAGAAUGAACCGGAAGAGAUGAUGAAAAAGGAGAAAAAGUCCGAAGCCCUGAAUAUCAGAGGGGUGCUUUUGCACGUGAUGGGAGACGCACUGGGGUCAGUGGUUGUGGUGAUCACAGCCAUCAUAUUCUACGUGCUUCCCCUGAAACAGGAGGACCCGUGUAACUGGCAGUGCUACAUCGACCCCAGCCUGACUGUCGUCAUGGUCAUCAUCAUUUUGUCCUCCGCCUUCCCGCUCAUCAAGGAGACCGCUGCCAUUCUGCUGCAGAUGGUCCCUAAAGGUGUCAACAUGGAGGAGCUGAUGAGUAAACUGUCUGCGGUGCCUGGAAUCAGCAGUGUUCACGAAGUCCACAUCUGGGAACUUAUAAGUGGGAAGAUCAUUGCCACUCUGCACAUCAAGUGUCAGCAGGACAGGGGCGAUCAGGAUGCCACUAGAAAGAUUCGAGAAAUCUUCCACAACGUGGGAAUCCACAGCGUGACCAUCCAGUUGGAGAAGGUGGACCUGAAGGAGGCCCUGGAGCACAAGGACCUGCAGGUGCUCUGCAGCUCGCCCUGCAUCUCCAAGGGCUGUGCCAAGCAGCUGUGCUGUCCCCCAGGGGCACUGCCACUGGCCCACGUCAACGGCUGCGCAGAGCACAACGGCGGUCCCCCACUGGACAUGGUGCCCGUGGAUGGCCUCGGUCGACGAGAAACAGCAGACGUGGCUGUUGAAGUACCUUUGGGAGGUUGUCUAAGUGGCUAUGGACAAGCUCUUAGCAAAACUCAGGAGAACUCGCAUUGCGUCAACAGCACGCAUUUUUAAUCUGGUGCCUGCACAAGUAAGACUGUAGAGAUAAGGCACUUUGGAACCACUAGCCUGGCUUGUGGCACGAGCUUUGUGGGUUGUGGGCACCAAUCAGCCCUGAGUGUGCAAGCUCCGUGUUCACUAAGGGGUUGGCUCUUGGGGGUGGUGGUUGAUUGCUGUGUGGCUGAGAACCCUUCACACCAUCCUGGGUGUUUCACGGCGCUCUCCAGCCCUUCCGUUUGAACACCUAUUUUCUGAAGUACAUGCACUAGGUCGCCCCAUCAGGGACGUCGAAGGCCGUGGGACUCAAUGGCUGUGGGCACAGGAUUCACAGUAGUUUGUUUUUCAAAUUGAUUCGACCUUCUAGCUGACUCUCAGGUGAGGUCAUACCAAGUACUCGGAAAACCCUUCCGAACCAUGAUAGAAUAGCUCGAACUGUAAUUCUUUCUAGCAGACUUCUUUUCCAUUCUGCUAGAAGAUCACAAAAAAGGAAAGUUAGGUGGUCCUGCAGAAAAUUUUUUUCUUUGACUCAUUUUUGAAUAAAUGUAAAGUGCAUACCUGGUAAAGUGGAACGCAUUCUCUGAACAUUAGAGGAAGUCGAGCUUGUUGGGGGUGGGGAAAGGCAGGAACAAAAUGCAUGCUGACCAUGUCUUCAUUGGGGGGGUUAGAGAGAAAAGCGCUUUCUGCUGUGAACUGAACUACAGUGAUAGGAUGUUUCAAAUGUUUAAAUAUAGAAGAUGGUUUUUUGUUUGUUUGUUUUUGUUUUAACCCCUUGGAAGCAUGGGAACAUUUCUACUUCUUAACGUGUGACACGGUCCUCUUUGAGAGUCGGUCCAGUUGGGAUGGUUUUCAUUUCUUGCUUAUUAAUGAUUUGCCUACCUGCCUAAAUUUCCGAGUCUUCUUUUAUAUGAUCACAUUCAUCUAUGCAGCAUUUACCAGGAGUAAAUGAGUAUUCCUGGGAUAGAAAAACAUAUGGCAUUGAAGAUGCGUUCUUGCCAAAAAAAAAAAAAAAAGAAGAAGCAGCAGCUAGAUUGACUUGCUUUUAGACAGCUUUUAAGUAUUGAUUAUCGUUGCCAACUGGUAAUUUGAUGGAAAAGUAGAUAUCCAAGGGAGAAAUGAGAAUUAAUUACAUUGCUGCCUUGAAUGUGCUUUGAGGAGCUUACACUUUCAUAUCUCUGACUCAUAUUGCCAAAUUCAAAUAAAUGUAUUAGAAUCUGAUUUGGUUCCAUAACUGACCUGUAUUAGUAUUGGAGAAACAUCGGUAUUUAACGUGUUUAGGCAGCCGUAGUUAAACCAGAACAGUCUCCAAAUGGGAAGUGCCUUUCUAAAGAGCUAGAUUCUUUGAUAGAUUGCAAAUGGUCUGAAAAUGACAAUCUCUGAGGCGCUAAGCAUGGAAUCCUGUUUAGCAUUUGUACAGGACUCCUCAGAAAUGUGGCCCCGGGAACAGCAAAACACCCACGCUUUUCAGCACAAACUCCAUUUAAGACACCAUGUCUUGGUUUUCCGUUGUAAGGCUGAAAUAAGGAAGCAGCUGUGAUCAGUAGGAUGGGCAGUUUUUUUAUUCUUUGAAAAUGUAUUCUCUGGGUUUAAAUUGGCUGUGAAUUAGGUAAAUAGGAAAAUGCCUGAAUAUGUUUUAUCCCUAGGAGUUUAUUGAGCAUAUAUACUCAGUAUUUUAUAGUAUAUGAUAUCGUGUGUAUAUACUUAAUAGCUAAAAACAGGGGUAAAUAGAAGACAUUUUAGUUUUUAUUUUUGAUAUUAAAAGUAUGACAUGUACCCACACAAAACAGAGGAUUCUCUAUGAAACUCAUCACAGUGAUACGUGGACCAAAUUCUCUCAUGUAAUUGUUGGUUGAGAUGCAUUGAUUGGAGCCAAAGGAGAAAUCUCUUUCUUCCAGAUUUGAAGGUCUAAUUUGAUUUCAAAUCACUCUGCUUUUAUGAAAAGGGAAAAAAAAUACAAUUUUACAGUUUUAGUGCCACUGGCUAAAGGAAUGCAUAUUACUUUGCGUUCAAAUAAGGUGCUUUCAUUAAUCUCUAAAGUAUUUUUUCUGGCAAGUAAAAGGCCCUUAAUUCCAGUAUAAUUAAAUCUAACCUCACAAAGUUAUCUUGAUGGACAUUUAUGAACAUACCAGAUUAUGAAGUAUAGUCAAUGUGAAAGAAUAUCUUUUGAAGGUAGUUUGGCCCUGUGUGUUUAAUAAUGUCCAAACAAGCUAAUUAAGUGCAAUAUUUUUGUUUCGGGUUAGGUGCUGGCAUCUGCCGUCUCCGGCACCAUGAUGCCUGCUGUAUGGUAUUUUCGCUUGGGUUUUACUCUCCCUUCAGUUGUUCUGCAUUUCAGUUCUCCCAAGGAAAGGCAAGGAUUGUCUUUUUCCCUUUGAAGCAGCCCUGUGAUGUGGCAGUGGUGCCUGAUGGACAGCGAGUUUAAACAACACUGCCUUUUUUGUUGAGAUUGGAAACGUACUCAGUUUAGCAUUCCUGUGUGCUUAGGUUCCUUCUAGAAAAUUCUCUCUCUUUUUUCUAAGAACUGAAAACAAUUUUUUAAAAGUCUGGGCGAUCCUCCAUGUGGAGGGGCAGGAUCGGGCACACAGAGGGCAGCCCUUACUAUCACCUGUUUCUGUGCCAAGAGUCCUUUCUGCUCUCUUUCAACACCAACUAUAGGAAAUACUGUGUCCGCUUUUACUUUCCAACUUCCAACUCUGCUUUUGAAAAUAGAAGGUACUUUCCCCCCCAUGAUAUUUGGCCAUUGCGAAUAUCCACAGGGCUAUCCGUCUCCAUUGCUGACCAAAAAAAAUCAUCCUUUCAAGUUUUUGAUAAACCAUCAAUAAUAACGGGAGACACUGAGGAAGAAUUUGGAAGAGUCUCCAUAUUAGUUGUCUUCUCUUUUUUCUUUUUUGACCACUAGCGGGCCAAACCCUAGACGGGGUCAGUCAGGAGCUUGCGAAGUACUGUCAGGAUGGGUGCUUUGAACAUCAAAAAACCACUGGGGUAGAUUUUGGAUUAUAAUAAGGCAGCUGCCUUUUGAGGUAGCAAGAGCGUUUGUUAUGCUCUUUCAGUCUCAGGCGUUAUUUACAUACUGGGCUGCAUAACUCCUUGUGGUGUGGGGCUGUCCUGCUCAUUGUAGGUUUUUAGGAGCACCCUUUGGCCUCGACCUGCUAGAUGCCCAGCAGCAUCCCCCCAAGGUGUGACAUUGUCACAGGUCCCCUGAGGAGCAGAAUAGCUCCUAGUUCUGAGCCACUGACUUAAUCUGAGAGUACUCGGGGUGUUGUUGACGAAAGCCUUUCCAGGGCCCAAUACUCCUUUUAAUAUAACCAACCAAAUUUGCUCUUUAAAAAAAUACGUUUAAAGGUGGUGUCAAACUAUUUACAAAGAAUACUGUCAUCUUUACAUAGGAACUUGGACAUUUAAAGAAAAACGUAAUUGGGAAAAAAUAAGGCCCUUACAAACCAGAUUAUGCAGAUCAGUCAUGUAACAGCGAAUGCAACCAAAAAAACAAUGCAUUUGUUCUUACUAUUCUGUGACCCUCUUCAACUCAUAAAUAGCCUCAGUUUGAUGAAUCCACUGCUAAAUGAGAAAGGGUUACAUCAGCACAAUCGAUUCUUUGAGUUAAGGAGUUUAAUUUUCUACUGAUUUGGAACUUGAUCGUAUUUCUUGUUAUUGGUUUCUGAAAAGCAGCUCAUCUUAGUGCUAAUAACUUCAGAUAUUAAAAAAAAUUCUGUCUUGUUUAUGUUUAACCCAAUCCUUUGCCAAAUUAUAUUCAUUUCUUUUUCCAAGAGGACAAAAUACAGUUCUUGCUCUUAAAUUAUCCCGUGUUUAAUGUAUCUUCACACUCUUGCAAUUAAAGUCUGCAAAGAAAGACUGGUUUCAAAAAAAUAAGGAAAGAUGACUAAUUGGGGUUUCUAGUGUGGACUGAGCAAGGCUACUUAUUGUAUACGCCUGUUGUUCCCUUGAUAAACUGUCACCUAUUCAUGCUUCUGUGUGUAUUUGCACAUGUUUCGCCGCAAGAAUAAAGCAGGAAUGAAGUUAGGGGUUCAGGAAACUAGCUGCUCAAAUGGAACUCACAUCAGACCCUAGUCCUCCUGUAAUCUAAAUGUCCUCAUGAAUUUGGGGUUUGGCUCAUGAAAAUAUGUUUGUUUUUUUCUAGAGCUUUUCUUUUCAGGUGUUUCAUUCUGGACUUUCUGUUUACAUGGAACUUUCUUGAAUAUUGCUAGUUGGGUCAGUGGUUUCCUCCUGGUCCAAGGCCAAGCCAGAGACACUGAACCUGCUCCGAAUUCUAAUGGCAAGAAUCUGGAAAGGACAAUGAUUUUCGAGGGAGCGUGACCCCUUCCCAGAGGUCUGAAAUGAUGUUACAGUACCGUGGAGUUUUGUUGCUUGAAGCCUUCCUUCUGUCGUCACAGGCGAUUUUGCCAAAGUAUAAUUGUCACAUUCGGGGGAAUUCUUAAAACGCUAAGAUACGAAGUUCCAAUAAUUCAUUCCUAAUUGCAUGUGGGUUCCCCCCGUCGAUGUGUGCAUGGAUGCAUAUGGCUGUGAAGUGAAAGAUGUUCAAUGGUGCUGUCAAUAAAAAGUUUUUAAACGGAAGAUCCGAGAUAUGCUGGUGAAAAUUAAACUGAUCACUCAAAGUA